AUGACCGUUAUCAAAGAUCCAGUCGAGCAAUACAACUUAAUUACUAAGGGUUUACAAGAAACUCUUAAUGGACAAAUCAUUAAAGAUGUUUUAGAAAAAGAAAAUAGACCAGUCAAGAUUUACUGGGGUACUGCACCAACUGGUAAACCACAUUGUGGUUACUUUGUUCCAAUGAUCAAAUUGGCUCAUUUCUUGAAAGCUGGAUGUGAAGUUACUGUCUUGUUAGCUGAUUUGCACGCCUUUUUAGAUAACAUGAAGGCUCCAUUAGAGGUUGUUAACUACCGUGCCAAAUACUAUGAGUUUGUUGUUAAGGCUAUCUUGAGAUCUAUCAAUGUUCCAAUUGAAAGAUUGAAGUUUGUUGUUGGUUCUUCUUAUCAACAAGGAGGUGAUUACAUCAUGGAUUUGUUCAAAUUAUCUAAUAUCGUAUCCCAAAAUGAUGCCAAGAGAGCCGGUGCUGAUGUUGUCAAACAAGUUGCCAAUCCUUUAUUAUCAGGUUUGAUUUACCCAUUGAUGCAAGCUAUUGAUGAAGAACAUUUGGGUGUUGAUGCACAAUUCGGUGGUGUUGAUCAAAGAAAGAUUUUCGUUUUGGCUGAAGAAAACUUGCCAAGUAUUGGUUACAAGAAGAGAGCACAUUUAAUGAACCCAAUGGUUCCAGGUUUGGGCCAAGGUGGUAAAAUGAGUGCUUCUGAUCCAAACUCCAAGAUUGAUAUUGUGGAAGAACCAAAAGUAGUUAAAAAGAAGGUUAAUAGCGCCUACUGUGCCCCAGGUGAAAUCCAAGACAAUGGUUUGAUUGCCUUUAUUGAAUAUGUUAUCCAACCAAUUAACGAAUUGAAGACCGGUGUUGAAGGUUCAUUCAACUUGUACAUUGAUAGACCAGAAAAGUUUGGUGGCCCAAUCCAAUAUGAUUCUGUUGAAACCUUGAAGAACGAUUUUGUUGAAGGUAAAUUGGCUCCACCUGAUUUGAAACUGGGUGUUGCCGACAAGAUUAAUGAAUUGCUUGCUCCUAUCAGAGCUGAAUUUGAAACCAAUGAAGAAUUCCAAGAAGCUGAAAAGAAAGGUUACCCUGUUGAAAAGCCAAAGGAAAAGAAGAAGAAAGUUAAGAAGAUUGGUACUAGAUACCCAGGUGCCGUUGCUAAAGAAGAAACAAAGGAAGAAAAAUAG